AUUAAAUAACAUUUAAUAAAUAUGCAAAAGAACAAACCAGCUGUUUUGGGUCAGUUUUAUUUGAGGAAAAAAUCCACGAAUUUCCACGCCAAUUACACUUAUCACAAAAAUGACUAAUUUUAUCUACAUAGUAAAACAAUUAACAUGUAGAUUAGUCGAAACACCCACAAAUUUGAAUUUUAUCGCUCUCUUUACCCUAUUUCUGCAAGGUCAAAUCAUUAUCGUUUCAUUACGGUAUCGUCACGAUGAAAUAUAGUAUUCCAGAAACAUAAUUACUAUUCAACACGAUUACACGAGUCGAAGAACUUUGACCAUUAUUAACUUAAAAAACGUAUCUGUUGGGUAAACACGUACUGUCAAGCGUUACAAUAAGCGUGUUGUUAAUCUAGAGAAAAAAGAGUGAUAAAGUUAGAUUUAAUUAAAUGUUGAAACUUGAAGAUAACUUAGUUGUGAUACGAGCAAUGUAGAAAUAAAAAUAGUGCGUCGGAAAUGACAAAUCUGGCGGUAAAAGUAAAACGUUUCUGCGAACGUAGGUGGUAAAAGACCGUUCCACUCUCCUUUAAAAGACACUGUACUUACUAAACACUGCAAAUGGACAUUUUAUAACCACUUCUGCGUAAGUUACGUCCAUUCCGCAAAGUCUUAUUUAAAUUCAGAGUUUCCAGAAUGCCCGGAAUUCUCCGGGAAACAUUCGGACCUACAAAUUUGCCGCAGGAAAGUGCACAAACAACAACGCUAUAGGAAAUUAAUUCGUUCCAUUCCUGCAGCAUUUUUUUAAUUAUCAAAACGCGUGUUUACUUUUCCGAUCCCAAUGUACCGAGUAAAUCGUGAGUGUAUUUUUGGAAUAAUCAAACGAUAAGUGGAGUUAUUUAUACGCUCGUGCCUUUUGUGGUUAAACGGACAUUGUGUCACCAUAAAUAAACAGCACUGACCCAAGUCGGCCAAAGUAACAAUGUUAUCACUCAUAGUGCAUACGUUUUCAAAAGAGCGCUAAAAAGUCAAUUAAAAGGGGGUUUUAAUAGAGCAGCGUUGUAUUUUGUUUUCUAUCGAUUCCACGGCGCAACCAUGCGCAGCUGCGCCUUGACAAGCCCGAAGCAAACACCGUACAGUUCUUUAUACAAAAAUGUGAUAUUUACAGUAAUUGUAGUAAAUCGUAGCAAAACUAAACAUCAAUGUAGUGACUUAGUAACGAAGUAUAGUUAAGAAUGGAACUGCAGUGUGUGCAAGCGGCUCCUCGUUCAACUCCCUCUAAAUCAAACGCUUUUGUUGUUAAAUCUAGACGAAAACAGUUAGACUUGUCGUAAAUCCAGACACCAAAAUGGGUAAUCUACAAACCAACGAGCCUAAGCAGGCCGGCAAGUCCGGCAAAUCCCAAGGUAAAGUAAAAUCCUUAAUGAAAAUGCGAGGAAAGCGCGGAAAAGUCGACUCGUCCCACUUCACCGGCGUCGUGCCCGAAGACUCCGAAGACCCGGCCCCCGAGCCCGAAAAAAAUGCCACCGAUAACCUCAUCGUCACCGACUCCUGGUGCAAAGUCAACCGGCUCAACGACAAAAAUAUCGAGAAGAAAACCAAAACGCCGCCCAGCGCGGUCUCGUCGAGCUCCGAUUCCAAUUUCACCGACCCCCUAACACCCGUGGGCUUCAACACGGAAAUGAACCAGUGCUAUUACAGUGAAGAAAGCGUUAAUCUGGACGUGGAAGUGCCUAAUAUCUCUACGCAAGAGGAUUUCUUACACAACCUAACUUUGAAUAGUUUCAAGCUGAACGAUUACCGCGCCAGGCAUGAACAAGACAAGUGCAAGAAGUUGAGCAAACUCGGCGUGUCGAAAACUAGCCAAAUUAGUCUGGACAGCGACCCCAAAGACAGCUUCGUCUCGGAAAACGUGGAAGUCGUAAACAAGGACGACGAGGAAGGCGGGGAUUGUGGGACGUUGAAACGAAAGUCGCAGGACCAUGGAGAGGAGCAGAAGGUGGCGCACUUGGCCAAGAGGAUGUCGGACAACAACCUAGCGAAUGGUGAGGCUGACGGUGUAAACGAAAUUGGCGAACGGGUUGUUUUAGGACACCCGGAGUACAAGAGACACAUGUCGGUUCCCAUAGAGCCUACGAAACUCAGUCCAGAUGGCUUAGUACUCAAGAAAGUGGCCUCGCUUACGUUGAACAAGGCGGACCUAGAGGCGAAAAUCACCAAGCCUAAGUUCGUCCCAGAAAAAUUGGACUUCCAGUUGUACGAAAAGUUCGAAGGUCAUAUGCUCGUGAAUUGGUACUUAUCGGAGUUUAGUGAAGAUCAUCACUUAGUGCAGCUGCUCAACGGACAAGACCUCAAGCUACUGGCGAUUCAGUUCUGCACCCAUUUACUAGCCGCCGGGGUACUUCGCCAAAUCCCAGACAAGGAUGUCCCAAUGUACAACAUAUUCAAACCUGAUUGCAUGUACUACUGGACCCAUGCCGAGACCCCCUUAUCCAUUCCGCAAACACCAGGAAGACUCAGCAUGGUCUCGUGGCCUCCGACGUCGCCGUCCGACGCUUUUCUUUCCGCGAGCACAAACGACGCUGUGACGACGCCCAAAACACCAGACGAACCUUUUGACUACGAGGAACCAAGACCCAACCAAGAGUUCAAGAAAUCCGCCCGCGAUGUCGAAAUCUUGCUAUUGGAAGAAGAAAUCAACAGACUAAAACAAGAAGUCGACAAGUACAAAACCAUGAUCGAAAUCCAACACUUGACCGCUAAGACGGUCGAAGAUUUCAGUUCGCCGGUGGAAGAAAACAAGUUGUUUAAGAGCUGUGAUAGUAGUUUAAAUAAAAUUGUUCAAACGGACUGUUUGAGUGAAGCACAACGUAGUGAAGCACAAUCUACACAGACUGAAGAUACGCCACGAACGGACAAAACCACUAGCCCGAUCAUGAUAGAAGAGGUGGUUGUGGAGGGGGAGGCGACGCCGUCGCCGCCGAUGACUUUGGUGGCGGCGGCGUGUGUGGUAACGCCACCGCCGGUAUUAGAACCCUCGGUACCUCCUCCUUCUCCUCCACCAAGUGUCGCGACGUUUGUUCCACCACCUCCACCAAUGCCGAGUUUGGAAGCACCGCCGCCUCCACCUCUUCCCGGACUAGGGGUUCCGCCGCCGCCGCCGCCGCCGCUUCCUGUCGCGUCUGGAGGAAUACCGCCUCCGCCACCUCUGACGAUAGGAAGUGGGCCGCCUCCACCACCGCCACCACCAAGCGGCCCCGUUCCUCUCCCACCGCCACCCGCCGGAGGCUGGGUCUCCCAAAAAGCCGUGGUCCCUCCUGUUCCAGUGUCCUUAGGGUUGCGAAAAGCCACUCUAAACCCUAAAGUCCCCAUGAAGCCACUCUACUGGACUAGAAUUUUAGCACCAAGUGAGGUGGACACGGUGGACGCGCCUUCCACCGCUCUGUGGACCCAAAUAGAUGAACUACCUCUAGAAAGUUUGAACGAGUUUGCAGACCUAUUUUCGCGACAAGUAGUAACCAGAACACCCACUGUCAAGAAACAAGAACAAAAAACCAAAGUUAAAGCCGUCAAGAUACUAGAUAGCAAGAGGUCGCAGAACGUCGGAAUACUUGCUCAAAGUUUACACGUAGACUUCCAAGAGAUAGAAAACGCGAUUUAUAAUUUUGACACGUCUAUAGUGAAUCUAGAGGCGUUGCAACAGAUAUACGAAGUCAGGGCCAACUCCGAAGAACUAAAUCUCAUAAAAAACCACUUAGCGACGAAUCCACAAGUACCUCUAGACAAACCCGAGCAGUUUUUGCACGACCUAUCCGAAAUAGCCAACUUCGCUGACAGAAUAUCCUGUCUAAUGUUUCAAGUCGAAUUUGAUGAUUCAAUUAGCACGAUAGGACACAUCUUAACGAAUAUCAAAUCCACAUGCGAAUUUUUAGUCAAUAACGGCGAACUCAAAGAGGUUUUCGCCAUAAUUCUAACCCUCGGAAACUACAUGAACGGCGGAAACAUGGCCCGGGGCCAAGCCGACGGCUUCGGGCUUGAAAUCCUGCCAAAACUAAAAGACGUAAAGUCGAAAGAUUCCAAAAUCACUCUGCUGCAUUACAUCGUAAAGCUGUAUAUGAAGAAAAUUGAUAAUCCGUUCGAACCCAACGUGGUGCUUCCGGUUCCGGAGCCAGGCGAUGUUCAACGAGCCGCUUCGGUCAAGUUCGACGACGUCAGAGCGGAUUUGCAAAAACUGGAAAAACAACUGGCAGAAUGCGAGAAAAAAACCGAGCAAGUGGUUGAAUCAUCAAACUCGGAAAACCUGCAGCCGUUCAAAGACAAAAUGACCCUGUUUUUGGAAAACUCGAAAAAGCAACUGAUGGCGGAAUUCGAGAACUUGGAUGAGUGUAAAGUCAAGUUCCUGAAUACGAUGAAGUUCUACCUUUUUAGACCAAAAUCGGGGACUUUGGAAGACUACCCCCCGAACUCGUUUUUCGAACUAUGGUUACCAUUCUGCAUGGAUUUUAAAGACAUUUUUAAAAAGGAGUUGAUCAGGAUGGAGAAGGAAAAGAUUCAGGAGUUCCGAAAAAGAGAAAACGAGCGAGUUUCCGAAACCAUUAAGAUCAAAGAGCGCGAAAACGGACUCAAGUCCAAAAUAAAAAAACUCCAAGCCAAACACGCUUCACAGAUCGAGACCAAUAAUUAACUUGUACAUACCAAAUUCUUUAUAUUCGUUGCAGUUAAGUAUUUAUUGUUUUUAGUACAUAUUUAUUUAUAAAAGAAGUUACGAAAGUUUGUAUUUAUUAAAUUACAAUUCGUUACAAAAAUCA